CCGAAAAGGGGGGCCGGGCCGCGGUUCGGUUGUUGGAUGGCCCUCCGCUCGGGGCCCGGGGGCCAGCGCUAGCCCUCACCCCCGGGCGAAAAUGAUGACAGGCGGCGUUGCGCCAGGGCCCCUAUUUUUCCGGGCCUGCCAAGCCAGCUGGCCCUGGCUGGUGUUCGCUUGAUUGAGCGGGCGCCGGGGCAAUCGCCGCCCAGCUUUUUCCACCCAAGCCGUUUGGCCGUUGCCUCGUGGCUGGAUGGUUGGGUGGGUGCGUGGGUUCCCACCGGCCGGCUUCUUCAGGGAGCUCGAGGGGCAGAGCGCAUGCCUGGCGGCACUGCUCAAACGCUACAGCCCACCAGCUCUUGUGGUAAUAUGAGUGCGACAACAAGCAUGGGCAGUUUUUGUAAGCCUUCCUGAAGAAUCAUGAGUGGACCUGAACUCGUUGUGCUUGGCCGCGGUUGUCGGUUGAAAGAAUGAGUUUUCCGUAGUUGUUGGACUACUUGUUGAUCAAAGCCGGACAGCUUGCACUUUGACUUUUCUUGGCAACGAAGCGUAGACGAAGAUACAACUCGAGGAGUAUGAGAGGACCAGCCAGCGAGGAGUGAUAGAUGCAAACGCCAAACCAAAACCAAACUUGUUAUUUGUGCUGGUGGAACUGGGAGAGAACACUGACUCAUGACGAAAGAGACUGAGCUCGAGUUGUGGACACUUCUAGAAUGUAAGUCGAAGGAGUGGAGAUCUUCGUGCCGAUGUCAUUUUUCUUUUUAGCAACAACACACUAAAGAUACUCAGCAAGUUGAAGUCCGUUACCAUGGAGCGCAUCACCCGCUUGGUGAAGAUUCGGGCCCGGCGCCCGAACGAGCUGGUCCAGACGGAAGAUGUUUUCACAACGGAUGAGAAAACCGUCACGCUUCGGUCUACGGAGCUUUCCAAAGACACGAAGAUCAAGGUGGACGCCUGUUUGAGCAACAACGAGUCGCCAGACUCGAUCGCAAGCGCGUUUCUGAAUCCGCUGAUAGCAGAAAGUUUGGCGGGGGUGAAUGGGGUAUAAUGAUAGAAAGAUCGAUGAUUUGCAACAGAUUUACUUAGUCGUAGUUGAUGCUGAGACUCUCGCUAAAUGCCGUUUCCGAUGGUGCGUUUAUUUCGUUGUGCAUGCAUAUUUUUUUCCUUCGGAUACCACGACAGAGCUUUCUUGUCCUUUUGUUGUACAACCCUUCCAACAAGUAUCCAGAAAAAAACACCCAUCCCCAUCCAUUUUGCCAUUUUUUUAAUGCAAAAAAAUCAUGAAAAAUAAAUAAAAAAAGAAAAAAAUCCGAAAUAUUUUUUGCAUGGCAUUUGCGAGAAGUGCUAACUGAUGGAGCUAGCUAGUGGCGUCAGUGGCUGCACAUACUUUCGCUAUGUGAUUUUAAGGUGGCUAGCUGAAACCGAGAUCCGAACCACGACCGAGAAAUACAACUCGCCGAAGCCAGUUCUCGUCGUUGGGCACCUCUGGUCCCAUGGAGGUUUUGAACUUUUGGCGCAGUCACGCACAGAUACCCAGAGGUAGCGGAGAACUCGCCAAGAACGCCGCGGCUGCACCAUUGAAAUUAGCGGGAGCAGCACCAGCUGCGCAAUUAUCAUCGAUAGUUGCAGAGCAGAUCUUGCGUUCCAGCUCACGAAAAAAAAACGAUUUUUUUUUUCGCAAAAAAAUGUCACGCUUUUGAAAAUGCUCACUUUUUUGAUGGAUGAUGUUUUUUCGCACGACGGCACCACAAAUAUUGGAUCGACCCAUCCAGUCCAUUUUCUUGUAGAAGUGGCUGGAUGGGUCGAGGCAAUAUUUGUGGUACCGUCGUGCGAAAAAACAUCAUCCACAAAAAAGUAGGAAUUCUUGCAAUUUUCAAAAUGACACUAGAAUUUGUGGAUGAUGUUUUUUCGCACGACGGUACCACAAAUAUUGCUUCGACCCAUCCAGCCAUUUCUAGAAGAAAAUGGACUGGAUGGGUCGAUCCAAUAUUUGUGGUACCGUCGUGCGAAAAAACAUCAUCCAUCAAAAACAAGGUCAAUUUCAAAAACGAAAUUUUUUUGGAAAAAAAACAAAAUCAAAAAGUUUUUCCUACGGCAGCCUUGCCGAACAGCAAAAGUCUUCCCGUCCUGAAUUUGUAUUAUCCACUCGAACCGAAAGGACAGCACGUGUCAAAAUCCAUCCCAGGUCCGUCGCUUUCAUCCCAUGUGGCGACGCGGCGGCAUGGCGAUAUGGCCACUGCAAAAUGGGCCAAGCGAUGGGGCCAGAGUCGAUGUGCGGCGGCGAAAAGAGGCUUUUGCAGGAUCUGGAAGUCGUCGCCUGCUGCGAUGACCUGUGAUGGACCUAGCAAAUUUCAUUCAUGUCAAAAGUUCCUAGCUAUGACGCCACUUUAGCUAUGUCACCAUUAAAGUGAUUGCUUCCGAUGCCGAUUGGUGACAACCCUGAAAAUUUUUUGAAAAAAAGCCGGUUUUUUUUUGUUGAAAAAAUAGCAAAAUGGAUGGGGAUGGGUGUUUUUUUCUGGAUAACAAGAAAGCACAAAAAUCACCAAAACCAAAAAAGGUAUUCCUCACCCUCGGCGCCGAGAAAACCGGUAAGGCGGACAUUAUGUCGGGAAAAGCGAAUGGUUUGUACGCGCUCGGGAUUAAAAACCUGUUCCAAGCCAUCACGGAAAAGGAGAAAAGACGGAAAAACUCGAAAUUGAAAUUUGAGUACCUCGUCCGCAUGUCGUUUUUCGAGGUCUGCGAGGAGAACAUCCGCGACUUAUUGGCGACGGUGGACACGGCGAGUUUGUCCUCGUCGUCAAACGCUUCAGCGGAUAAUAAUGCUGACCAGACCCCGAAAGCGGUCGUUGCCGGAACCAAUCCAGCCAGUUCUUCCAGUUCGAAGUCUGGUGGUCCCGCGAAGAAAAUCCAGUGUCGCGACACGCUGGAGUACGGAACGGUGCUGGAAAACUGCUCUUCACCGGUGAUUUUCCAAUCGGGUGGUAGUGGAGCGACAUCCUCUUCCUCUUCUUCGACCCAACAGGCCGAGCAAGCCGCCCUCCAUUUCUUAGCCGAGGGGAUGAAGAACCGAUAUUCCUCGUUGCAGAAGAAACUUACCACGGGCUUGAAACUGGAAAUCCUACAGGAUCGGCAGAUCUACAGCAAUUUGCUCCUCCUGGAAGCGUAUCAACUGUAAAAAUGUCUGGGUCUGGAAGAAUGCAAGUUUGUCAUGCUUGUCUGGCAUGACUCGAGAAUCUGUGUUGCAUAGGCACGAAAAGGCCCUCUUACCUGUCACGAAAAAACGCAGUUUGCCAUGCGGAAUACGUAAGACAUGGCAGUCAAGAAAUUUGUCAUGCAUAGCUGGGUACUGCAGUGCGUCUACCAUUCAUUUGUAGCAUUACAAGUUUCCAGACCCAGACACUUCUGCAUUUGAUAAAGCGCAGGCCACGAACUGUCUGGCGGAAAACCGGACGCAGGUGCAGUUGCGGGAGGGUUUUGACGCGUUCAUAUGCAUUGCAAAAGUUUCGUACUAGUAUAAACCGCAUCACAAAUUUUAUCAAGAAGAAAAAUGCAAUUUGUAAUGCUAUUUUACCUAACAAGGGACAUUUGUCAUGCACGAUAGCAAUUGCUACAAGAAGUGCGACUCUUUUGCAGUGGAUAGCUCAAAUCCAUGUACAAUCUGUACGACGUGGCGGUUUCGUACCACCCGGAUGCGGUAGGCGAUGUGCGGAAAAGCUGCUUGACGCACUUGCUGAAGGAGGUUUUCAACGGACAAAACGUGAACUGCACGACCUUACUCUGCCUGCAGCAAAAUCAACCACGCGUGAGCGCGAAGGGGCUGGAGCUGUUGCACUCGUUAGGGUCAAUACGACUAGCGCCGGUGCUAUGGAAGCGUCAGGACUGAAAUCGUCAAAGUUGAAAUAAUUUGCAAUGCAUAAAAUGCAUGACGCGAGGCGCGUGCAUUGCAGACCAGGCAAGUGAGGCCGAUUGUAAGCCUGUUUGGGGUUAGAGCUCGAGCUGCUAGAGGAGCAUCAGAAAAUCAGUCUUCUUUGCCUAAACAGCAUGACAAACUGGGUUUAGGGGCCGCCAAAACUUGUCAUGCGCCACUUGGAUAUGUCCUACAGUUGUAUUGGUGGUGUUUUGUGUGAGGAGUAUAGUGGGGAGUGCCAGGUCCAUAGGGCCCGGGGCGGCGGCGUCUUCGGGUUGAUCAAUUCACCUGAUACACAAUGUCCCGCCCGCAGUAGCACAGUCUGUUUAUGUCAUGCGCCACUUGGAAACUGGGUUCCAACUGGCGUCCGUUUUAUGCAUGACAAAUCGUUUCAACUUUGUCGAUUUCAAACCUGACACUUCCAUAGGUGCGGUUUGACGCAAAAGCGAACUUGUUGGUGCGGGCGAUGAAGCGGGAAUUGCUGCAGAUGCUGAAGAAUUUCAAGAGCAGGGGAGGGGGUGGGGGGAUGGAAGGUACUACACUUGUGAUAAUGCGUUUUAUUUGCAGAAGUGGAUUUAGAAGAUAGUUUUUGGCUCGAUUUGUUCCAGCUGCACGUGCACGAAUCUACUAGCCUGUGUUCCUGCUCCACCAUCAAAAUCAAAAUUUUCUCUAAAUCGCAACCACCACAGCUUCCUCCCUCGAUGGCGGCCCAGGCGCCAUCGGUUCCGCCAUGACAGCCGGCGGCGGGGGCUACGGCGCCGCGUCUGCGACCCCCGGGAACGAGCAAGUCAAGCGGAUCCAGGCGCUCGAAGGGGAGCAGUUGCAACUUCAAUCGCAACUAUCGAAACUGACCGACGAGAAGCAGAAAUUACAAUCAUCGCUGGAAGAGAGGAAAAAGAAGUACGACACGGUGCUGCUCUCCGUGAUGCAGCUGAAGAAACAAAGAUUAGACGCGCAGUUUGACAAACUGAAGACCUCCCGGUACCUCGUCGACGCGGUUAACAAGUUGAAAAAACUAGAGAAGCAGAAGGAAGACAAGGACUUCGCGAAAAAACAGAAAACGUUGGAUUUUGAAAAAGAAGUCGUGGAAUUGACGAUCGAUCAGAAAAAGCAGAAAAAGGAAAUCGAGGAGCUGAAGGGGAGAAAACAGGAUUUGGAACAGCGCUUAAAGGAGACUGAAGAUGACUUGGAGAAGCAAAAAAAGCUGAUUUCCAUGAUGAAACUGGAUAAAGCGAAGCAGGACGGCCAGCACGAGGAGGCGAAUGUGGAGCUGUUGAAUUUGAUGAACGCGAAAAAUGAACUGGAAAAGAAGUACCAACAGCUGCAACUCAAGUUCAACGACGUGAACACGAAGUUGGAGAUCAUCCAGUCCAUGCAGACAAAUAAGGAGGACGAAGUGACGCAUUUGAGGGACAGGGUCACGACUUUGAAGCAGCAAUUAGAGAAGGAAAUCGUCGAUAAGCAGGAGAAAAUUUCGAAACUGGAGGAAAUGAAAGAACAGCAGGAAAAGUUGAAGAAGUUGCAAAAUGACCUCCAGUCGGAAAAAAUCGAAAAAGACACGCUGUUCAACGAGAAUAAAAAGGAAUUGGAGUUGAUGAAGUCGGAAAAGCAACUGAAGGAGCUGGAAGUGGAGCGGUUGAAGCAGGAGUUCGAGCACGUGAAAACGGGAAUGGAGAAAGGUUUCCUCGCUUUAACCAAGCAGUUAAACCCCUCGGACGUGUUUAAACAGGCGAACGACGCGCAGGCAUGGGAGGUAGACAAGUUGAAGCAGAUGGUGACGGAUUUGGAGGGGAAAUUGUCCGAAGCAAGGGAUAAAUUGAUCAACACGGUGAACUCCCCGGUAGUGUCUCCAAAACGGGAACGAAAGGAGCAAUUGUUGCACGAUGAAGUGAAGCGGUUAAGGGAGGAAUUGCAGAAGCAGAACGGGAACAUAUCAAUUGCAAAUAUGUCUGGGUCUGGAAGGUGGCAACUUGUCAUGGUAAAUCUGAAGCAUGCAAAAACCUGGUGUGUUGUAUGAGUGCCAAAAGCUGUCCACUUUUAAGCAAGUUGGAAGGUGGGAGUUUCUCAUGCAGGAGAGGCAUGGCAGAGAGAGAGACCGCACAGAGUCUGUCGUGCUAUGUCCCGCAUUCCAGAUCUCAUGGGUUAUGGAAAAUCUGCAGGACAACUUUACACUCUUCUAGACCCAGACACUUUUGCACUUGAUAGAACAAUAAUGGUAACAACAAUUCCAGAUCCGUCCACGACGACAACUUGAAGUUGAAAGUCGAGCUGGACGCGGCGAACAGCAGGGUGGAAGAGUUGGAAGACCGGAUGCGGAAGGUGGAGUUGAACAGUGGGGACGUUUCGCCAAAAUCCCAGUCGUUUUUGCAACAGCAGUGCAAGUAUUUGGAAGAGCAGGUGUUGCACAUGGAAAAGGAGCGGGCGAAAUUGUUAGUCAGGGCGACAUCUGCAGAGGAAGAAUUAGUCGAGGUGCAGACGCAAAUGCAGUUUCUCAUCGAGGAUUACGAAAAGCGGAUCGCGGACCUCAUUGCGCAGAACGUCGGGUAGUGAGGAGGUGCAGUGUGCCGGGGUGGAGGACGAGCUGCAGAGGGUCCUCGUAUGCACUUUUCACUGGUCUACAACCGAGCGGCUUAGGCUUGUUUGUUGAAACUUGCGCUCGUUGUUAGUUUGAGGAGCCACACAAUUUUGCGGAUAUCAAAACAAAAACUGAAAUGCCUUAAUACUAGCGAUCUGGGCUAGUACCAUCUCAAAGAAAUCAUCACAACGCAAUUCACUGAAGACCCCUGGCACUGGUGCACUUAGGCAGCUUGAGAGUCAGUUCUUACUUCUAACUGGCCACCAGCAUGCAGAGCUUGUUCAAAAUCAAAACUGUUUUGAUACGACCUCCUUGGGGUCUUGUUCAUGAAGAC